GUGUUUCUGCUCAAUACCUCAGAAGUUGAAGUCUCCCCAUUCCUGUUGAUUGGGAUACCAGGACUUGAGCAUGCACACAUUUGGAUAUCCAUCCCCAUCUGCCUUAUGUACCUCAUGGCCAUCCUGGGCAACUGCACCAUCCUAUUUGUUAUCAGAACAGAGCAUUCCCUGCAAGAGCCCAUGUACUGUUUCCUCUCCAUGCUGGCCCUGUCCUACCUGGGCCUGUCUUUCUCCUCCCCACCCACGAUGCUGAGAAUCUUCUUGUUCAACAACAUGGGGAUUUCUGCUGAUGCAUGCAUUGCCCAGGAAUUCUUCAUCCAUGGAUUCACAGACAUGGAGUCUUCAGUCCUCCUAAUCAUGUCCUUUGAUUGCUUAGUAGCCAUUCGCCACCCCCUAAGAUACAGCUCUAUUCUCACCAGCUUCAGGGUUUUGCAAAUUGGACUGGCAUUUGCCAUUGAAAGCGUUCUCCUAGUGCUACCGCUUCCUUUUACUUUAAAGAGACUCAGAUACUAUAAUAAAUGCCUUUUAUCCCACUCCUACUGCCUUCACCAGGAUGUAAUGAAACUGGCCUGCUAUGACAAUAGGGUUAACUUUUAUUAUGGUUUGUUCGUUGCACUCUACAUGAUGUCAGACAGUGUUUUUAUUGCUAUUUCUUAUGUGUUCAUCCUGAAGACUGUGUUGGGUAUUGCAUCCCAUGGGGAGCGGCUCAAAGCUCUUAACACCUGUGUGUCUCAUAUCUGUGCUGUACUUGUCUUCUAUGUCUUGGCUACCAUGCUUCGCUUUGCUAAGCAUAAAUCCCCUUUAGCUAUGAUUCUGAUAGCAGAUGCAUUCUUGCUGGUACCACCCUUGGUGAAUCCCAUUGUGUAUUGUAUAAAAACUCGGCAGAUUAGAGUAAAGGUCCUGGAAAAACUGGCUCUGAAGCCUAAAUGA